UCCAAGAGAUCAAAGAGAGCGUUGAGUUGCCGUUAACUCAUCCGGAAUACUACGAAGAGAUGGGUAUUAAACCACCGAAAGGUGUCAUUCUGUACGGACCGCCCGGCACUGGAAAGACACUGUUAGCCAAAGCGGUGGCCAAUCAGACGUCCGCUACUUUCCUAAGAGUCGUCGGCUCUGAACUGAUUCAGAAAUAUUUAGGCGACGGACCAAAGCUCGUGAGAGAGCUGUUCCGAGUGGCCGAAGAGCACGCGCCCGCCAUUGUCUUCAUCGACGAGAUCGACGCCGUCGGCACUAAGAGAUAUGACUCGAACUCUGGUGGCGAACGAGAGAUCCAGCGAACUAUGUUAGAGCUGUUGAACCAAUUGGACGGUUUCGAUGGCAGGGGUGACGUGAAGGUGAUUAUGGCCACCAAUCGGAUCGAGACGUUAGACCCGGCGCUGAUAAGGCCCGGUAGGAUCGACCGUAAG